AUGGAGAAGGUUUUAUGUAAUGUUCACGGUAGCUUGUGCAUGUUAAAAACCGGCGUUAAAGAUGGACCAAACAAAGGCAAAAGCUUCUACGUCUGCGUUGACAAGCAGGGCUGUGACUUCACUCAUGUGGCACGAAUUUCACCAUCCAACUGCCUCCAGCACGAAGACUCGAUGGUGGAACUCCAAGCGCUCACCUACAGUCUGCAGCAGCAGAGCCACAGGUUGUUCUACAGGUGCAUUGUGGGUAAAAAAGCCGCCCAGAAGUGGUGUGGAAACGUUCCGUGGAGUGCGCCCGAGAAGGAGAAGAGGAACCCUCUGUCCCACGCGCAGCCGCAGCCUUCUUGCCUGCCGCCCGUCCGAAACCCCUUCAAAGCCUCCGGCAAGACGGACUCGGACUCCGAGUGGAGGAGGAUGCAGCGGGGCGGCGGCGGCGGCGGCGGGGGGGAGGAGAGAGGCAGCGGCGAGAGUCACAAGGCCGAGGGGGGAGGGAGGCCUCAGAAAGAAAACGUGGAUGGCGUCGCCGCGGGGGAACAGGAGGCAGAGUCGUACCGAGGCAAACGGCUUCCGCCGGGAAUGAAGCUGAAGAAAAGGGUUUCGGAUGAGGAGGAAAAGUGCCUCAAAGCGAGCAGUGGGGGGGGGCCGAGGGACGAGAAGCACGGCGAGCGGGUCCUCGUCUCCGAGUCCUUGCCGGGUCCCCGCGAGGACUCUCCUCAACAACCGACCGAAAGAGUCAAGGAAACCGGAGAGAGGGACUCUGACAGCAGAAGGAACCCCCCCGCAUCGACCAAAGCAGCACAACCGGAGGCCAGCCGCCCCGCGGUCCACCAGGUCCACGGCGAGGGUGAUGAUGACGAUGACCUCGUGGUGGUGUCGGUGACGCCGGCGGCUCAGAAAGCGCCGCCCGCCUCUGCCGUUCAGAAGACGCUGACCGCCUUCGCCGGGUUCCAGCCGGCGUCGAAGGUCAAAGGUCAGCAGCAGGACCCCCGAGGGCUGCAGGGCCUGCUCACGGCUCAGCUCCAGCAGAAGAAGGCGACCCUGUUGGCGGUGAAUGUGGCGGCUCUGCCCGACAAAGGGGAGCGGCUGAAGUCCCAGGUGAAGGAGCUGCAGGACGCUCUGGAGUCUCUGAGCCUCGCCGCUCCUUCUCCGCCCGGCUCUCAGGGUGGAGGUAGCGGCGAUGGAGCCGAUCUGGAGGUCAACCCCUUCGGCCGGCGGGGCGGCACCAUCCUGCUCCCCGCCCCCCCGGCACCGGGCCCCUCCCAACAGCAGGACCUCCAGCAGAGUCAGAGUUACACCCAAGCGUAUGGAGCCGGCCAUCAGGCCUUCUACGGGGGCCGGAUGACCGACGACCGCCUGCUGGCCGUGAAGAACGCCACCAGCGAGACCAUCGACCACCUCCACAAGUCCCUGGAGUCCUGCCCCGACCCCGAGGCCGAGGUCCCGGACCCCAAGGGCAUCAAGGUGUUGCUGCUGGCCCACCAGAGGAGAGCGUUGGCCUGGCUGCUCUGGAGAGAGAACCAGAACCCCUGCGGAGGAAUUCUGGCGGAUGACAUGGGCCUGGGGAAAACCUUGACCAUCAUCGCUCUCAUUCUGGCCAAGAAGACCAAAGCUAACAAGGAGGUGGAGAAGAAGCCGCAGAGCUGGAUCUCAAAGACCGACUCCAGCCUGGUGGCUUCUACAGGAACCCUGAUCAUCUGCCCCGCCUCCCUGGUGCACCACUGGAAGAGGGAGAUCGAGAGACACGUGAAGACGGGCAAGCUCACGGUCUACCUGUACCACGGCCCCCAACGCGAGAGAAGAGCCGAACUGCUGGCUGACUUUGAUGUGGUGGUGACCACAUACAGUCUGGUCUCUAAGGAGGUCCCGGCUCAGAAGGGGGGCGCGGAAAGCUCCAGCAAAGAUGCGGAUGAAGUGCCGCCCCGCUCGGCUCCUCUGCUGCGGGUCGCCUGGGCCCGGGUGGUGCUGGACGAAGCCCACAACAUCAAAAACCCCAAAGUGCAGACGUCCAUGGCCGUGUGCCAGCUGAGGGCCCGCGCCCGCUGGGCUGUCACCGGCACGCCAAUCCAGAACAACCUGCUGGACAUGUACUCGCUGCUCAAGUUCCUGCGCUGCUCCCCGUUCGACGAGUACAAGGUGUGGAAAGCCCAGGUGGACAACGGCUCCAACCGGGGCCGCGAGAGACUCAACAUCCUGACCAGGACGCUGCUGCUCCGACGGACCAAGGCCCAGCGCGACUCUGAGGGGAAACCGCUGGUGUCUCUCCCCGAUCGGACCUGCGAGGUGCAUCGACUCGAACUGUCCCGGGACGAGCAGGCUGUGUACGACGUGGUCUUUGCCCAGUCCAGGUCGACUCUGCAGAACUACCUGAAGCGACACGAGGGGAGCGACAGGAAAGGAGACGCUUCCAGCUCGAACCCCUUCGACAAAGUGGCGCAGGAGUUCGGUGUGUCUCAGGCGGCCUCGACUUCUCAGCAGCCUCAGCAGGCGUCCAGCACCGUCCACAUCCUGUCCCUGCUGCUGCGCCUCCGUCAGUGCUGCUGUCACCUGUCGCUCCUCCAGAAGACUCUGGACACCUCCGAGCUGCAGGGCGAUGGCAUCGUCUUGUCUCUGGAGGAGCAGCUCAACGCUCUGUCGCUCUCCUCGGGCCCGUCCCCCGGGUCGGACCCUCCCCCCCCCGGAACCGUGGCCCUCAACGGAAUCCGCUUCGCCUCUCGUCUGUUUGAGGACACCAGCGAGAGCACCAAGAUCGCCGCUAUCGUCUCCGAGCUGAAGGCGAUCAGGCAGAAGGGGGCGGAUCAGAAAAGCGUCAUCGUGUCCCAGUGGACCAGCAUGCUCAGAAUCGUGGCGGUUCACCUGCGUGGGAUGGGCCUCAGGUACGCCGUCAUCGACGGGACCGUCGCCCCCAAACACCGGAUGGACCUGGUGGAGGAGUUCAACACCAACGCCCGCGGGCCGCAGGUGAUGCUGGUGUCUCUCUGUGCUGGAGGCGUCGGCCUGAACCUCAUCGGCGGGAAUCACCUGUUUCUGAUCGACAUGCACUGGAACCCCGCCCUGGAGGAUCAGGCCUGUGACCGUAUCUACAGGGUGGGACAGAGUAAAGACGUCACCAUCCACAGGUUCGUGUGCGACGGCACGGUGGAGGAGAAGAUCUCCACCCUGCAGGAGAAGAAGAAGGAGCUGGCCCAGAACGUGCUGUCGGGAACCGGAAGCACCGUCUCCAAACUGUCGCUGGCCGACCUCAGGAUCAUUUUCGGUGUGUGAGAAGAGAAGGUUCAGGGUGGAAGGCUGAAAGGUAGUAAUACGGCCUUAUUCUCCGCACAGUAGUGACGUUCCUCCCUCCCUCUUCUUAAUCCAGCGCAGGCUUUCUAAAUUGUUAUUGGAAUUUAUUUGCUUUUCAUUUUUAUUUCAGUUCUUCCCUUUGCUUAAGUUGUGCUCUGUUUACUCUGCUUCGGCUGAUCUGUUUUCACAGUAUUUCCCUCAUUUGAGUUGAACAAAGUGUUCAUUCUGAUACUUCCAGAGUCAUCCUCAUUUAUUAUUGUAGAGGUCGUUGAUUUGAUUUACACGGACUUCUCAGUGGAAGUACGAAAAUAUUUCCAUCUUAUUUUUAUAUGUUUGUUUAUUGUCGCACUAUGGAUUUUAUUUGUUUUCAAAGCAUUUUUCAAAAGUAUUCUGUAUUUUUUUUUUUGUUGAUUUCAUUAAAUUCAGGUAAUGCUGCUCAUGUCUCGACUUAUACUUUUUAAAAUAUAUUUAAUCUUAACAUAAUGUAUAAACCUUGGGUUUAGUUGCGAUAUACACUAAUCCAUGGUAAUGUAUAUUUAUUUUGCUUCAAACUGUUAAAUUCAAUGACCACAUGGGUAUAUGAGCACCUUGUGGAUUCUAUUUAGCACAUUUAUUCAAUAUGUGUGAGAUAAUAAACAUGCUCUAAUGUG